CACUUUCCUCCAGUUGCAGCGCAAGUUGGCCGGCGGCGCGGAGGGCGCCCGCAGCUCCAGCCUCGGCGGCCGGACCCCGGGGUGCAUGGGCGCGGGCCCGGGGGCUCAGGGGCCUGGCUGCCUGCGCGCCCCGCGCCAUGGACGGCGCCGAGCCCCGCGCGCGGCCCGAGCGGCCGGCCGAGGCCGAGGGGCGCACGGCGGACGGCGGGCGGCUGGUGGAGGUGCAGCUGAACGGCGGCGCCCCGUGGGGCUUCACCCUCAAGGGCGGCCGCGAGCACGGCGAGCCGCUGGUCAUCACGAAGGUGGAAGAAGGAAGCAAAGCUGCGGCGGUGGACAAGCUGCUGGCGGGAGACGAGAUCGUGGGCAUCAAUGACAUCGGCCUCUCGGGGUUCAGACAGGAAGCGAUUUGCCUGGUGAAGGGAUCCCACAAGACCCUGAAGCUGGUGGUCAAAAGGAGGAACGAGCUGAGCUGGAGGCCCCACUCCUGGCACGCCACCAAGUUCUCCGACAGCCACCCCGAGACGCCCACCUGCCAGCUGUCCUCCGCCGGCGCCUGCCCAUCUUGGCACGGCCACCACCACACCAGCGCCUCCUCCCAGGACCUGUCCGGUGCGUGGGAGCCGUCGAGCCUGCAGCGCACCUCGGACCACUUCAGCUCCCUGGGCAGCGUAGACAGCCUGGACCAGCCCUCCCAGCCCUCCCCUUCCCCCUCCGGCCGCCUCUCGGCCGCUAAGUCCAGCGGCAGCAUCGAUCACCUGGGCGGCCCGAGCAAGCGGGACUCGGCGUACGGCUCGUUCUGCACCAGCUCCAGCACACCCGACCACACCCUGCCUAAGGCUGAUGCCUCGUCCACAGACAACAUCCUCUACAAGGUGGGCCUGUGGGAGGCGUCGCGGCCCAGCGGCCGGGGGGAUCCCCAGGGCCUAGAGGAGAGGCCCGGCUGCGUCCCCUCCAGGGGCCCCCGGGACAGCAGCAGGAGCCCCCGGCCCGAGGAUGCACCGGAGCCCAAGCUGGCCCCGUCGGGGAGGUCCAGCUUUGGGCCCAUCUGGCACGUUCCCGAUAAGAAGAGGGCACCUCCUUCCCCCCCGCCGCCGCCGCCCCCUCUGCGCAGUGACAGCUUCGCCGCCACCAAGAGCCACGAGAAGGCCCAGGGCCCUCCGUGCCCUGAGGCGGCCACCGCGCAGCACUUUCCGGGCCGGAGCCGGGCUCAGAGCCAGGGCGACUGGAGGGCAGAGCCCCCCGAUCCGCAGCGGAAGCCAGCCCGCCCCGGUGAGCGGAGGCGGCCCGAGAGCUCGGGCUGUGCUGCCGGCAGCCCCCUGGAUUGCGGGUGGCCGUCCAGCCACGGCGCCCCCAGCCGGCUGCACUCCUCUCUGUCCAGCACCGACGUGCGCUUCCCGCCGUCCGCCUAUGCAUGCCAGCACCCACGCCAGAGCAGUGACGAGAGUCCCUUCCUCCGCGAGGGCCCCAGGGCCACCGUGGUGCCCAGGGGGCAGCCGCGUGGCAUCGUCACCCACAGCUUCCAGGACGCCAGCUCCGCCCUGGCCAGGCAGCCUGGUGCCGCUGAGCGCAAGGGGGACAGCGCGGGGCAGAGCCACCACCGCUCCGCGGCCACCAGACAGGGCCCCCCGGGGGGCGCCCAGGCGGCUCAGCCCCGGGAAGGCUGCUGGCGCUGCGACUCGCCCCUGGGGCCCCAUGCUUGUCCUGCCACACACUCAGCAGGCCAGAGGCCACGCUGUCACCCCCCUCUCCACCAGGAGGCCCUGGAUGCCCCUGAGGGGGACCCAGGAGACAGAGGGUCAGAGGAGCCGCAGAGAGCCCGCCACGGCGACAGAGUGCAGAGAGUCUCGGAUGGGGAGAGCGGCCGGAUCUCCGCCCGCGGGACGCCCCUGCUGCACUCGCUGGCCCGGGAGGGGCCCCGGCCCGAGGCCGGCCCGGAGGGCGGCAGGGACAGGCCGGCGCCCUUCGAUGCCCAGGUGGGCAAAGCCACCCGGAGGAGCGACCGCUUCUCCACCACCCUCCGCAACGAGAUCCAGCUGCGGCGCGCGCGGCUGCAGAAGAGCAAGAGCUCCAUGGCGCUGGCGGCGCCCGAGGCCGGCGGGGAGGCCGGCGGCUGGCGGGGGGCACUGGGGGGACCAGCUGCGGGGGCCCCACUGCUGGGCACCUACAAGGACCACCUGAAGGAGGCCCAGGCCCGCGUCCUGCGGGCCACGUCUUUUAAGCGCCGCGACUUGGAUCCCGGCCCGGCCGGUCCCCGGGAACCCAGGGCCGGGGACCCCCACCCAGAUCCCGAUGCUGCCUCCCAGGGCGCGGGCCCGGCCAGGCCGCCCGCAUCCGGAGGGGGCCCGGCCCACGUGGCCCGCAUCGGGGGCCGGAAACGGUUCACGGUGGAGCAGAAGCUGAAGUCAUACUCGGAGCCGGAGAAGAUGAACGAGGUGGGGCUCUCAGGGCCUCCCUGCCCCCGCCCGCACCCCGACGACACAGUGGGGACGUUCGCCGACAGGUGGAAGUUCUUUGAGGAGACCAGCAGGCUGGUUCCGCAGAGGCCCAGGUCCAGGCAGGCGCUCCCCGGGGUCGCGAAGGAGAAGCCGGACAGGCUGCGGGCCGCGCGCCCCGGGGACCCGGGCGCCGAGCCCCCGCCCCAGGGCAGGGCCCACACCACCUCCUUUGGAGAAAACGCCGAAGGUCCCAGGAAAGCGGGCAGGACGGGGACAUCGGAGCCGCCACAGAGGCUUGGGACCUUUGCAGAGUAUCAGGCCUCUUGGAGGAAACAGAGCAAAGGCCCAGAGGCCAGGGGCUCGGGGAGGUACCACUCGGCCGACGACAUCCUGGACGUGGGCCUGGACCAACAGGAGAGGCUGCAGUAUGUUCACGAGAGGUCACGGUCAUCGCCCUCCACAGACCUUUACAAACAGGAGGCGCCCGUGGAGCCGAGGCAACAAGCGGAGGACCCUGGCGAGCACAGAGAACAUCCCUCCGCAGUCCCAGUUGAGGACGGGGGUCCCGCCCCGAGACCAGCAGAUGCCCAGUGCCCGGAGGACGGUCCAGGAGCCCAUCGGGGCCCACGGCCCCCGGCCCAGGUGUCUGAGCCCCCCCGUGCCCGGGAAGCGCCAGAGGUGCCCCAGGAGGGCCGCGGCAGGGCGGGCACCCUCCCCCGUGACUACAGAUACUCCGAGGACCGCGCCGGCCCCCUGCCCCCGCCGGGCCCAGGGUCACAGGCGCUGCCCUCCGGGGGGCAGGACCCCCGGCCCGUGAGCGCCGCACCGCUCGCCAAGAGGCCCGCCCCGCAGCGGCCGCCGCCACCCAAGCGGGAGCCCCGGCCUUUCCGGGGGCCGGCCAGUGCCACCCCCGCGGGCACCCCUGUGGGCAGCCACCUGGCCGUGCCCUGCAGGCCCCUGCCCCCGCCAUCUCCUGCGCGCAGCCCCUGUGCCCAGCCCGCGGACGGCCCCGGGGUGCCUGGGGAGCGGGGGCAGCAUGUAGCGGAGCAGCCCGCCUGCCCGAAGCCAGAAGCCCCGCUGCCGCCCCAGCCCCGGCCGCUGCCCACGCCCGCCAUGGAGACCUCGCGCUCCCCGUCUCCUCAGUUCGCCCCCCAGAAGCUGACGGACAAGCCGCCCCUGCUCAUCCAGGAUGACAGCUCCGCAAGAAUCGAGCGGGUGAUCGACAACACCACGGUGAAGAUGGUGCCCAUCAAGAUCGUGCAUUCGGAGAGCCAGCCCGAGAGGGAGAGCCGCCAGGGCCUGGCCCGCACCUCUGAGCCGCCCGCGCUGCCCAGCGGGCUGGAGCGGGACCAGAUCAAGACGCUGAGCACGUCGGAGCAGUCCUACUCCCGCUUCUGCCUGUACAGCCGCCCGGGCACCGAGCCGCAGCCCCGGGCCCAGCCCCCCGCCGCCCCCGACAGCCGGGCAUCGCCCCCUGCGCUGGGCUACGGGAAGGUCAGGGAGCGGACGGCGGAGGACCUGAAGACGGAGGAGCUGGCACGGGAGAUCGUGUGCAAGGACAAGUCCCUGGCGGACAUCCUGGACCCCAGCGUGAAGGUCAGGACCACCAUGGACCUGAUGGAGGGCAUCUUCCCCAAGGACCAGCAGCUCCUGGAGGAGGCGCAGCAGCGCCGGAAGCUGCUGCCCAAGGUGCCCUCUCCGAGGGCCGCGGAGGACAAGCGCGAGGAGCCGAGCGCGCCGACGGCCGUGUCCCUGGCCACCAAUUCCGCGUACUACAGCACGUCGGCGCCCAAGGCGGAGCUGCUGAUUAAGAUGAAGGACCUGCAGGAGCAGCAGGAGCCCGAGGAGGACUCGGGGAGUGACCUGGACCACGACCUGUCUGUGAAGAAGCAGGAGCUCAUCGACAGCAUCGGCCGCAAGCUGCAGGUGCUGCGGGGCGCGCGGGAGAGCCUGCUGGAGGACAUCCAGGCCAACAGCGCCCUCGGGGACGAGGUGGAGGCCAUCGUCAAGGACGUGUGCAAGCCGAACGAGUUCGACAAGUUCCGCAUGUUCAUCGGGGACCUGGACAAGGUGGUGAACCUGCUGCUGUCCCUGUCGGGGCGCCUGGCCCGCGUGGAGAACGCCCUCAACAACCUGGACGACAGCGCGUCGCCUGGCGAUCGGCAAUCGCUGCUUGAGAAGCAGCGGGUCCUCAUCCAGCAGCACGAGGACGCCAAGGAGCUCAAGGAGAACCUGGACCGCCGGGAGCGCGUGGUGCUGGACAUCCUGGCCAGCUACCUGAGCGACGAGAGCCUGGCCGACUACGAGCACUUCGUCAAGAUGAAGUCAGCCCUCAUCAUCGAGCAGCGGGAGCUGGAGGACAAGAUCCACCUGGGCGAGGAGCAGCUCAAGUGCCUGGUGGACAGCCUGCAGCCCGACAGGAGCAAGUGAGGGCCUCCGGGCGGAGCCGGCCUGCGCCGCCCUGGCAGCGGACCCCAGCCCGGCCGGUGGCCCCAGUGAGAACCCUCUCAGAGCGACGUGGCUGUUUGAAAAGCGAUAACUCGUGUUUGUCUGGGGUGACACGUUGGGUGUUUAGUUUCCCUUUGGAUGCUGAGCAGAGUGGCUCCCCGGGGGGUGUUGUCCUUCACAAGGAACCCCAUGGGGCACGGGCCCCGGUGGC